GCACUCAGUCUGUGGAUUUUCAUUUGUGGGCAGCUUUACGUUUUUGCUGUGUUUUUUUUUCCUGCUUCCGAAGCAUUUUCGAUUUCAUUUUCACUUGUCAUUAAUUGGUCGAGCCGUGAGGACAUAAAAGCGUAUUCCCACACAUGAAAUAUAUAUAAACAAUGCAAUAAAUAUUUGAUUAAUAAACAACAAAAAGCAUAGCAUACGAGCGUCCGUUGAAAGUCCGUCCCACACGGCGUAUACGCAACAAGUGACGAACAGGAGCUUUUCGCAGUGCUGCGAUGUCUCUUGGCUGUAAAAUUUCAUAAGUUCAUAAGAACAGAAAGUUAAUGAAAAAUGCUCGCCCAGCGAACGAUGAGCGAUCUGACAUCGACCACAGCGCCUUGUCAGCAGUCGCGUCGGCGGAAAAGCGGAAAAGCUCUCCAAGUGCCAGUUGAUUUCUUGUCGCGUCGCAGGCAAAACGUUUUCAUAUUUCGUAUGGUUUUCAUUUACCCUGCGGUUCACCGAAAAGAGCGUGUGUAUAUUGGAAAAGCAUUAAUGGGCGAUAAGGUCUAUCAAUCGCUCUAUUUAUUGAACGAGAUGGAUGACUCAUAAAUAAGUGUCGCGCUUUAGGCAAUCGAACGAGAAAUUAAACUAAUUAAAAUAUUACGCAUACGCCCCGAGCAAAUACAAAUUCGCUACGAAACAACAAAGGUGUCACUGUGUCCUGUGUGCGUCCGUGUUAAUCGCUUCUGGCCAACUGAAACCAGUCGAAACUGGUUGGUGAGUCGGCCAAGAGCCGCGAAUGUGGGCCAAAUAAAAAUGCAAAAUAUAAAGUCAUAUACAUAAAAUAUAUAUCUUGAUAAAUGCCCAUUUGGAGCAAAAACACAAGCGAGUCAAGUGCUUAUCGCUUAAUACUAUCUAUAAAGUGACAAAAAUUCUGCAAAUAACUGAGUGUAAUUAAAAAGUGUAAAAGCAAAAGGCUAAUUUUAGAUACAGUGGCUUUUUUUUAAGUUUAUAGAAAAGCGAUGAAUAAGAUAUAACUUCGAAUCAAUAAUGAACUAAUUUACCAUUUCAGCUUGUAGCUUGUUUAUCUCUAAAUAACCGGCCUCAUGUAUCUAUAUGUAUGUAUGGCUAUACGCAGAUCCUGCACGAUACGCAAUCAUUCAUGAAAAUAAUUGAGCACAGAUAUAUGCACACAAACACAAUGCAGCUGUGGGGUUAAAUUGUAGCCAAGGUCAAGGGCCGUUAAUCCCAUGACCUAGUGCACAAAAACACAAAGAAACCAAAAACACAGCACGCGCAUUUUAGCCCCCCCGAAAUGAAAAUCUAAUUUUAUAAAUUUCGUGGCUCUACCUCUUGCUCGAUUUGUAUUUUGGCAAAAGCACAGAACGCAAAAUUUGUGUGUCAUUAGCUUGUUUAUUUUUGGCCAGAAAAUUCCGCACAAUUUUCUUCUCGGCUGGGUUAUUACCUCUCACACUUGGCUUUGGCCUCUUGCUUGUGAUAUGUGGCCCUCAUUUAAUGAUGGACAUUAUUGGUGUAGCCGAGCUCGUAAAGCGAAUUAAUUAUACUCAUAGUUGGGCAAGCCACUUGAAAAUGGUGUAAAAUGUUUACGAUCCCAUUCUUUGUGGCUCAUCGUUUGGUUUUCGCUUGAGUUGAUGGUUGACUUGGUUAAUGGAUUUAGCUGGGGUAUCAUCAUCGUGGAGGAAAUCGACUGCCAAAGGCAAUGCCCAAGUGACUGCGAAACGUAUUAUGCCCAAGUAAUGCCCUUUGGCAGUUUAACCAGCGGCACCACAGGGCGUAUGAGCAAUAUUUUGAAUGGCUUGUUUAUUUGCCUUGAACUUAAUAGUCUUAUCAUUUGGCGAAGUGUUGCAAGUUGACCAAGACUUUGUAAAGAGACUUCAUUAUUCUUUUAAUUAUAAAAAAUCCAAUGCUGCAGUUUUUAUUAUUAUUAUUCAAUAAAUGCAAGCUGCCAUAGAUUUCAAUUAAUUUUACGCUUAAUUUUACUUUGCUGACUGUUCUGAAAUUUCCGUUGAGCUUUCCCUUUUUUAAUGCUUCAUUUAAGCCAGCAGGCUGUUUAUAAAUGGCCACAGCCCAUUGUUGGCUAAGCACUUUUCAAUUUCUGCCCGCCCACGCGUCCUGCCACGCCCCUACGCUGUUCCAGCGAACAGCUGUCUAAAUUUAUCGCACCAAGGCGAUCAAUAAGCGACCAUAAAACUAAUUGCGCCGUGUCUUGAACUAAUUAAACUCGCACAAACACACAGUAGUAAUUGCCGAGCAUUUCGCAUUUAUUUCGCCUUUUUUUUGUAUUUUUUGCGCUUCUUACGUGUUGUAGGCUAACUUGAGCCCAAGUUCGCGUAUCCUGCAAGUGAGUUCGGUUCAGUUCGGUUGGGCUAAGUAAUUUUGAGCCGGAAACUGGCAAUUUCCGCUUGCCGUUGCCACUUACACACACACACCCAUGUAAGGGCACUUGUGUACGUUCACUUAGCUUCGAAAAAGGACUUGCUGCCUUUUCGUUGGCCAAAUGUACAAGUCAACGAACUCAAGUGGCUAAGUGCGAAUUCGCGUGUGCGAGCCGAGUUAGAAAGCCAACACUAUGGCGAGGUGGCUAAAAUAAGGGGAAAUAAAUUGUUUAAAGAUGGAUAAUAUCGCAACUCACAACCUAAUUAUAAUAGCAAAGAAAACUAUAUAAUAUAAAAUUAAAUAAAUAAUCUAGUCAGUACACAAAUACACUUAAAUGACGAGCGCGGAAAGCAAUAACAAAUAAUUAACUAUCUCUUCAUUCUGGCUGUGCGACCUUGGUAAAUGCAAACAAAUUGCUCGACCUCUAAAACAGAAAUUAAAUUUAAUACUGCCCCAAAUAAGUGGGCAAACAAAAACGUCGCUCGGCGAAAGUUAUUCAAAUGAAAAUCCAGUAACGACAAAUCAGAUAACAAAGCGCGCGGCACACGCACACAGACAAACACAACCCAUCCCGAGUGGUCAGCAAUUAGGAGAACCCACUGAAAACCACCAACAGCAGCCCAGCAACCACCAACCACCCACCAACCAACACACCCACCGAACAUCAUCAACAAGUUCACCCCACCAGACGCAUUUGAGCCACCGAACUCACGAUGAAUUUAAUGUUUCGCAAGAAUUUCCGCGAGGGGGCCAGCAAAACGGGCGGCGGCGGCGGAAAGCUGCAGUCGAAGGCGAACAGGACGAAGCGCUCCCGGGACAUGGGACUCGUCCAGCAGCCGGAGGAGAUCCACUACAGGACCCAUCUCUUCUUCUCGCCCAACCGACCCGGCUACGAUGUGGGCGAAGAACGAUGUAGCGCCCUGUCAGGCAUCCCGAGCACCCCGCUCUCGAGCACCGCCCCCUCGCUGGCCCUGCCCGGCAACCUGCCCUACGAGCUGGACAUGCCGCAGCCGCUGGUCGACCGCCGGCCGUCCGUCUCCCUGAUGCGCUGGAGCAGCAGCGGACCGGGUACGGAGUGCAACAGCAACAGCAACGGCAACAGCGCCAGUAACAGUUUGAUCCGCCUGCAGCAGCAGACGCAGCAGCAAAUGCAGCAGCAACUACAGCAGCAACUGCAGCAGCAGCUGCAGCAGCAAAUGCAGCAGCAGCAGCAGCAACAUCUAUUGGCAACAGCAACAGCAACAACACUGGGGUACGCUGAUGCAACGGUGGCCACGGCAACAACAACAUUGCUAGCGGCCGCAGCUGCAGCCACGCGGCAAGUGAACUUUGGUGGCGGCGCCAACUCGGGAGUCACACGAGCGGAACCAAUCUCAUUGGCCACCCUGGAUCGCGACUGCUUCAUCAUUCCCGUGCACAGUGUGGACCGAUUCCUGCCAGCUGGCAUUCCUCUGCCCGCCUUAAGUGCCGAUGGUAAGUCCGCAAGCCCUCUAAGUGUCCUGGAAGUCUCCGAUCCGAAGCUGUGCAUUCUGGUGCACUUGAUGAGUCCCCUGGAGGCUAUCGAUCCGGUGAUGGAGUCGCCACUAGCGCAUCCGCUGCUCAAACAGCGCUCCAUUGCCGCCGAAUUGGUGACUGAAGUGCAGCAGGCCAAUACGGCAGUGGGCGGAAUGCUGCUGGCCAACAUGGAGAAGAGCUCUGAGUUCCCCUUCAUCUCGUACUACCUGAUCAAUACGCUGCAAACGGAUCCUUCCAGCUUCUAUGCUGGCCUGCGCGUCUCCUCGCUGUCCAAGUUUGAGCCAAAGGCCCUCAAAUACACUGCCGCCCACACACUGGAUCUGUACAGCGAGGUGGCUGCCAUUUGCCGGCCGCCGUUGGUGCUGCCCUCCAACGAGGUGGGCAGCUUCAAGAAGUCGCAGACCGCGGCCACCGGCUACAUUAUUAGCGUGUUCAAGGUUUUCGAGGGCGACGAUGGCGAACGAUUCGAAAAGAACUGGCUCUACUGGACUGGAGCACGGAUGUUGUACAGGUACCUGCCACGUGCCGCGGGCUUAAGGCGCAUCGCCCUGCACAAGAGCACCUCGCAGAAGGGCGACAAGAUGUAUCUGCUGGUUUGCGAGUGCGCCGAGCUGCUGAAGGACAUCUCGCUGGCCGCCUUCCUGAUUCCGGCGCUGCGGGCACGGCUGUGCGGAUACACCGGACUCUAUCGACCAAUACAGGCCUUCUAGUCCAGAGCGCUGGAGUCGCGUAUUUUUCUAUCUGUAUCUGUAUAUAGUGGAUCUGGAGUAUGGAGUAGUUGGCUAUGGCUAAACCAAUGCGAAACAAACACUGCAAUGUGAAGGAAACUGCACCUGUUACGUGAUUCUAAUUCGAUAUUAACUAGGCCUAUACAAAUUUUUCAACUCUCUCUAGUAAAAGUCGGCGAAAUCAGCGCUGCGAAAUUGCAGGGGGUCGAUGUGCCGGUGAACCCUCGAUUAGGCAUCUAACUUAAGUAGUAGACAAUAUACUCAAGGUAACUUCAUAUCGUGUGCUAGAUUUUUCUAUAAAUCAUAUAGAGGCCAGCCCAAUUAAUAGGACCAUAUCUAGUGUGAGUUGGUAGCGAAGAACUUCCAUUUUAGCCACAACAAAUAGAGAUUCAGUGGGAACUAUAUAUGUAUACCGAUAUAUCAAUAUAUCAUAGUAGUAAAUCACAUAUUUGAACGCUGAAUUUUGCGCUGAAAUGUAGGCUAUGAAAUCUGCAAACCAAAAGUCAAUUCUUAGCAUUAAAAACCUAAAAGAUUGUCAAGCUGGGGAAUGAAUUUAAUUGAAAGGGUUUCAUCAGAGGGAUGGGGGAUAUAGCUAACUUUGCCCAAAUCUAACAGAAAUCUGCCAAAGAUAUAAGCAAAUCUAAACUCAAUUUGAAUCAAACAAUUGUUUAAAAUUGCAUAUUUUAUAUAUCUAAGCAAAUGAUUAAGCCAAAUACGAUUUUCAAUCAAAACAUUGACUAAUUAUUGCUUGGCUACAGCUUGCCACUUACACUUUAGGACUUAUACCGUACAUAAUGCCAUACAUUUAUAACAAUUGUAAAUAGUUUGAUGAACUUUUAAGGCACUUGCUCCGAAUACACAAAAACGCCAGAUUCCUGGCCUAUACAUAUUUGAGAACUAUAUAAUUUUGCACAAUAACAACAGAAUCAAAAAGUGCUGUGAUAAUUAAACUAAAGCAGAGCAGAGCCGCCAAUGCAAAGAAAAUAAAAUGAAAAACCAAUGAAUAGGGAUAAUCCCAGCCAUAGAACAUAAUUUCACCCAGUCAAAGACAAUAUCAUUUAGCUACCAUUGAAUAUUCACUGGUCUGUGGCUCUUCUUUUUCGAAAACAAAUCCAAUUAUUUAGAUAACCUAAAAACAGAUAACUCUCAAUGCUUAUGCUAAGCCUAAAGCCUAAGAAUAUAUAUUAAUUACCAAAUGUUCGAAAUUUUUUGUCACAUCUUAAGCUGCAAGCUUGGAGCAAACAAACGUUUGGCGCGUUUAGCAUUAAUAAUAAAGCGUAACACUAAAAUACAA